AUGUCUCUUUCUAGCAAAAUUAUAGAAAGCCGUGAUUCGAGGCUUUGUCGCUCGACCUCCCACCAGAGUCCAACAGUGACCAGAAUUGCUUUGGCUUCAGCGGCCGCACUGAAGGCCAAGUGGGAUAAACUGGCUUACUUGAUGAACAAAUACUAUCAGAGGCAGGCCUGGAAUGCGGUCCUCAGAACCUUUUGCAAAAUGAUGACAGAUAUGUGUAAAAAGAGUAAAGCAGAGUCCAACUGUGAUGCUCAGGAGCUAUCUGGAAGGACAGCAAAGACCAUGAAGUCGGAUGAUGCUGAGAUGACGGAAGACCAAAUUCCUGAAGAGGAAACACUGUCUGAGGACAAAGCCUUUGAUAAUGAAACAGACUACAGAACUGUAAUAAAGGAAAAGUUUUAUAUUAAAUGGGAUAAGAGCUCUUAUCUUGGCCAAUCGGCAACUUUAAAUCAUGGAAUUACUCAUAAAGACCAAAAGCUGUUGGCAAGUAUGUUUGAGGAUGUCAAAAUUUGCACAUUCCCACAAACAGUAAUCCUUUGGGGAGCUGCUGGAAUUGGGAAGACAACGUUGUUGAGAAAGGCAAUGUUAGAAUGGGCAGAUGGCAAUAUCUAUCAGCAAUUUACCUAUGUUUUUUAUCUCAAUGGGAAAGAAGUUAACCAAUCAAAGGAUAAAAGCUUUGUUCAGUUAAUAUCCAAUAAUUGGCCUAACUCUGAAGGCCCCAUUGAAAAGAUUCUGUCCGAUCCCAGAAAUCUCCUUUUUAUAAUCGAUAGUUUUGAUGAGCUGGACUUCUCCUUUGAAGAGCCAGAGUUUGCACUAUGUACAGAUUGGACCCAGAAGCACCCAGUGUCCUUUCUCAUUAGCAGUUUGCUGAGGAAAGUAAUGCUUCCUGAGUCAUUCUUAUUAGUAACAACAAGACCCACAGCUUGGAAGAAACUGGUGUCCUUGUUACAUAACCCUCGUUGUAUAAAGAUGCCAGGACUGUCUAAGAAUGCAAGAAUGGGCUACCUUCACCAUUUGUUGAAAGAUAAGACAUGGGCUAUAGAUGCAAUCUGUUCAAUAAGAAAACACGAGAGGCUUUUUAGCAUAUGCCAUGUCUACCACAUGUGCCAGGUUAUCUGUACUUGUCUGAAGGAGCAAGUGGAGAAAGGUGGUAAUGUUGCAGUUGCAGCAACCUGCCAGACCACCACAGCUCUGUUUACAUGCUAUAUCUGCAGCUUAUUUUCACAGGUAGAUUCGAGCUGUGUUAGUCUGCCCAAUGAAACACUACUGAGGAGCCUGUGCCAGGCAGCUGCUGAAGGCAUUUGGACUAUGAAACACAUACUCUACAAGAAAAAUCUCAGACAACAUGAGUUAACCAGAGAUGACCUCUCAGUUUUCCUGAAUGUAAAUGUGCUUCAGGAGGACAUCGAGUAUAAAAACUGCUAUGCAUUCACGCACCUCCAUGUUCAGGAGUUUUUUGCAGCUUUGUUCUACUUGUUAAGACAGAAUCCAGAAAAAAGGGACUAUCCCAUCAAAUCCUUUGAAAACUUGUAUCCAUUGCUUGAAAGCAAUAGUUCUCAUGACCCUCAUCUGGAGCAAAUGAAAUGCUUUUUGUUUGGUCUACUGAAUAAAGAUCGAGUACAACAACUGGAGGAAACUUUCAACUUUACAAUAUCCAUGGACAUCAAAGGGGAGUUACUUACGUGUUUGGAAGCAUUAGAAAAAGAUGACUCAAGUCCAUCACAGCUGACAUUUCUGGACUUGCUUCACUGUCUAUAUGAGACUCAAGAUAGAGAGUUCAUAUCUCAGGCACUGAGCUAUUUCCCAAGGAUUACUGUGAAAGUUAUGGAACAAACUCAGUUGCUUAUAUAUUCAUUCUGCCUUAAGCACUGCUAUUCUCUGCAAACUAUUAAAUUGACUGCAGUGGCAGAGUUAAGAAAUCUGUUGGACUUAAACCCUCCUAUAGCUGAAACUUGGGAUGGAGAUCAAAUCAUGCACUACUGGCAAGAUCUGUUUUCUGUGCUUCAUAAAAAUGAAUCCCUGAGAGAAAUGGACCUUUAUGAAAGCAGACUUGAUGAAUCAUUGAUGAAGAUUUUAAAUGAAGAAUUAAGUCACCCAAAGUGUAAACUACAAAAACUACUGUUAGGAUCUGUCUGCUUCUUGAAUAGUUGUCAGGAUUUUAGCUUUUUGGCUAACUGUCAUACCCUGACACAUCUUGACCUGAAAGACUCCAACUUAGAAGACAGUGGGUUAAGGAACUUAUGUGAAGCCUUGAAAUGCCAACAGUGUAAUUUACGGGUGCUGAGGUUGGAAUCCUGUGCCCUGAAUGUAAUCCGUUGUCUGAAAUUAUCAGAGGCCCUCUACAGGAAUAGGAGCCUGGUAUUUCUCAAUCUGUCUACCAAUAAUCUGACAGAUAAUGGGGGGCAGUCACUGUGUAAGAUCAUUGAAAACCCCAACUGUCGCCUAGAGAGACUGUCCUUAGCAAGCUGUGGCCUAACAAAAGCUGUGUGUGAUGUUCUUUCCUUGGCUCUCACCAAAAGCAAGAGGCUGACACAUUUAUGCUUGGCAGAUAACUUCUUGGAAGAUGAGGGGAUAAAGCUGCUCAGCGAUGCCUUGAAACAUCCACAGUGUACUCUCCAGAGCCUUGUGUUGAGGUGUUGCCAUUUCACCCAGGUUGGUGGUGAGUUUCUCUCCUCUGCUCUUCUGAGCAACAGGAGUUUGAUACAUCUGGACCUGGGAUCAAACAGUCUUCACGACAGUGGGAUAAAGCUUCUGUGUCAUGUCCUUCAGCAGUCAACCUGCACUCUUCAGGAACUCGAGUUGAUGGGCUGUGUUCUCACGAGUGAGGGUUGUCGGGAUCUGGCUUCUGUUCUUGUGAACAGCCCAAACCUGUGGAGCCUAGAUUUUGGGAACAACAACUUAAGGGAUGCUGGCCUGCAAAUCCUGUGUGAAGCUUUAAAAAAUCCAAACUGCCACAUUCAGAGGUUAGGAUUGGAAAACUGUGGUUUAACCUCUGUUUGCUGUCAGGAUCUCUUAAGUCUUUUUUAUAAAAGCCAAAGUUUGGUACAAAUGAACUUAAUGAAGAAUCCACUCGGUUAUGACACACUUAGGAAGCUAUGUCAAGUCCUGAGGUCUCCAACAUGCAAAAUUAAAUUUCUAGCGUUGGACAAAAAAGAAAUUUACAGGAAGAAAAUCAAGAGGUUUCUGAAUGAUGUAAGAACUAGCAAUCCACAACUGGUGAUUAUGCCACACUAUUGCAAUACAGAAAGUGGGUACUGGUGGCAGUAUUUCUGAAGACCAUUCACGUGCCUUUAAAAAUUAAA